GCUCUAUCAUUGUGCGUUUGUUGACAAAAGACGUUUGUUGUGUGUGUGUUUAUUUUGUAUAUACAUACAGUUGCAGAUAAUACUACUAUCGCAAUUGUAAUUAUUGGAAAUUACAGUAAAUUAGUUUAAAAUACGUCAAGUGAUUUUUAAGCAUUUGCACAUGGUAGGUGACGUUUUGUAGUGUCAAAUAAUCUAAUAAUAAUGCAGCAAAGAAACUCGGUUUUGUGUUUAAGUUCCAAAGCGAAUACUCAAAUAAAACGUGAUCGAAAAAAGAGAUUUACAAGAAAAUCAGUAUUAAAAAUGUUAGCAGUGAUGGAUCAAUCUCAAAACGCUCCGGGUCCAAGUAAUUCAAAUCAUCAAGUUUCCGCGCCAACUCCAGAAGAACCGGAAGUCGCCGAAAAGGAUUUCCAUUCUUCAGGUCGAACCGGCAGGAGAAAUGCUUUACCAGACAUUUUAAGUCAACAUGCCGUUGUAUCCAGCGCCGAUUUAUCAUCAAAACUUCAAGGCUUAACAACAAACGAUAACAGCGAAUCAUCGGACAAACCGAGUACUAGUAAAAGCUGAAAUAAUUAAUUUAAAACACCGGAAAAUCGGUAAAAUUUCCACUUGAAUUUUGUAUGUUUUUCUAAAAAAAAAACCCAAAUUAAAGAACGGUUAUUCAUUUUGGAGAAAAAAAUUGUUGUUGAGUAGAUACUCAGGAAAAGUAGGAAGUUUAAGGUUAAAAGGAAAAUACAUUAAAUAUUUUGUAAUAGGAGUGGAUUAAAUUUUAUUAUUAUAGUGCGUGAAAUAUCCUAACGUUAAAUUAAAGACGUUCCCAAAUGUGAUUCGUGCUCAAUUUAUUCAAAGCUUAACUCAAUGUCAAUAAUUUGAAUUAUAAUUGAAAAAGGUCCGCGAUUUAUUGGGCACCGUUAUCUCGGAGCACGACUCCGAACGACGAUCUUCCGAUGUGAAAAAGUUUAACUGCGAUAGAAUGUGACGUCAUCAGCGCCGUUGCAACGUUAUAAACCUCUAUAAAGAUUGGUUAGGUUAAAUUUACCGUACGGCGCCAAAUCUUUUGAUACGUUCGCAUUCUAUCGCAAAAUGUCGUAGGUUAAAUGAAACGAAACAUUUUGCGAUAUAAUGCAAAGUCAUAUAUACAGUUUGCGACGCACGGAAAAUGCGUCGAAUCAAUAAUCAGGAGUGUGUUCCAAAGUCACGCUGGAGCGCAUACUUUUUGCGAUCGGAUUCAAAAAAAUGUUAAAUGAAAGGAGACAUUUUGCAAUAGUGUUAGCACCUAACCUAAACAAGUUUUAUAAAGAUAAAAAAUAUUAAGGAGAAGUUUUGCUCGAAAAGGUUGGAGUUUAUCUCAAUAAAGUUUCGAUUUGCUCAAAAAUUGUUAUUUUAUCGAUGGAUACUUUGGCUUCAGACAUUUUUUGACGUAUUUACAAAAAGGCGUUAACUAGUUUGAUUCUGUCUGUCGCAAAAUGUCUCAUUUCUUUUAACCUCUGAAAGGGGACAUUUUGCGAUAAAAUGCGACACCAUCAAUACUGUUUGUGACGCACAGAAAGUGCGUCAAAUCAAUAGUCGUUACUGUGGCGAGGGUUAAAUAGAACGAGACAUUUUAGUAUAGAAUGCGACACUAUCAAAAAGUGUACGUUCCAGCGUUACCUUGGAACACACAUCGGCGACGUCGCAAAAUGAUCUGAUGAUGUCGUUAUCUAUCGCGAAACGUUCGCAAUUGAAUUUUUUUUAAAUCGGAAUAUCGUCGUGCUUCAAAAUAACGGAUUGGUUGGAAUCAUUGUUCAACAAACAACAACUUUCGUUAGUGACUAGAUCGAUACUAUUGAUGUCAAUUAUUCGACCCUGUAUAUACCCCUUUUGACCCGAACCUCAUAUAUAUUGCAUCGUGUAUGUCGCUAUCUUAUGUAAUAUCCCUACCAGUAUACUAAUCACCCUUAAAAUCUUUUAUGGCCCACAGUUUUUACAAUCCGCGUUCAUUUUUUUCUCUGUAAAAGUCUCCUGGAGAUACGAUACGCCCCGUACAUUUUUCCCGCCAACCGGUGACGUCACGCGUUAAGUAGUAUAUUUUCCUGCCGACGAUUCUUCGCCCGAACUGCCCCGCGUCGACGCGAUAAGAAUUGCCGCGAUCUUUGAACGAUGGUUGGCCCAAGAGUCGCAUCCUCUACUAAUGUAUCAAAUUCUAGAAUAUAAUUGGUAACGUCUGAAUUUGACGUAUGUAGCUACGUGUGACACUGUCAAUUGUAAUAAUUAAGGGAUAUACAGGACUUCACCAACUUGGUUUUUUUUAUUCUAUACAUCAAAAUUGUUGCUUAAAUAAAAAUAAAUGUUCGCUUUGUGUUGCUCGCGCUUAAAACAAAAAAUAUAUUUUUCUACAGUCGACUAAUUACUAUAUCGAAGCGGUGUCUUUGUCAGCUUCUUCCCUUCUCUUUUUUUUUCCGGAUUUUGGAUUGGGAUUGUCUCGACCCUUUUUCUGUUUGAAGCUAAAGGUAGUUGUUUCACCACUUUUGGAUUCAUGCUACAAAGCUUUGGUUCUUGCUUCUUUUGGUGCUAGCCCUAAGCGAGCAUGACCUAAGAUAAUAAAAACUAUUAUAUUAUAAUUAUUAAUAGUGCGACUGUAGAAAAAAUCAUGUUUUUUUCGAGUGUAAAGAAUAAUUGCCUCUCAAAAAUCGUCGCGCUCCGCAUCGCGUACUAACAUUCUUUGUUAAGCGAAAAUCUGUUACUUUAGGCUCUAAAUACACAAAUGACUAUUACACUCCCAUCCUUUUAUCUAUUUUUACUAAUUAUAUGAUGAAAUGUCAAGUAAAAAACAAUUUAAACACUCAUAAAUCGCUGUAUAAUAUAAUUUUUUUUCUUGUGAAAUUAUUAUUUAUUGUUAUUUAUUAUAUUUGUUAAAAUGUCGAAAUCGAGCUACAUUGAAACAAGUGAUUUUUCUGUAAUAUGUAGUUGUCAACUAGAAAAGUAUAGAAACAAAAAUAAUUUCAGAAAGUUACGAUAAAAAAAUAUAAAUAGAAAGUUUCGAUAACAUAAAUAAACCUAAAGACAGUUCUAUUCUCAACGUCACAUUCGUGAACGUUCUGUCAUAUGUAGUGGUCAACCUAUAGGAAUAAAAAAUCCCAUAAUGUCAAAUUUAUUCGAAAAAGAAGAAGAAAUAGACAGGUUCGAAGGUACUAGAUCAUUCUGUCCCGUUUGUUUUCUUCGCUUCCAAAAAAGUUGGGUCAAGUUUUUUCCGUCAAAUGUAGCUGACAAUCUAUCGGAAUAAUGGAUAGCUUAAUGUCAAAUUUAUUCAAAAAAGAAAAAAAAGGAGACAAGUUCGAAGGUUUUAGAAGAAAAAUGGACUAUAUAUACAAGUCCUGUGUUCCGUUUAUAUUCUUAGCAUCCAAAAAAGUUGGGUUAAGUUACUAGUUUUUUCCGUCAUAUGUAGUUGUCAUUCUAUCGGAAUAAAGAAUCGCCUAAUGUCAAAUUUAUUCGAGAAAGAAGAAGAAAUAGAACGUUCCUUUGUCCUGAUGAUGACUUAUUGAUAAUAAAAUAAUUUCAGAAAGAUCUCAAUUUAGUCUGGAAACAAAUAGAAAUAUUGUUGAACACACUAUCUGUCACAUGUUACUGUCAACGAGGAACAUCUGAAAAAAGUAUUUUGCAUAAUGUCAGAAGACUUUCAAUUUGCUACUAAAGCGCCAUUUUAAUUCGCACUUUUUUAUACAAUUACAUGGUCCUUAUUAUCUCUACAUUUCAUAGGUAAAAUCUAGAUCUUUCUGUGGAGGCGUCAUUUUUUCGAAAUGAUACUGUAAGUAGAAAUUGAUACUUUCAAUUUAAAGGGUAUCUCUUGAAUCGACGUUUACGUGGAUUUUUUUACAUGUAAUCAAAAUAACACAUCACUCAAUAAGUCGUGUGACCUAAGAAAAACAUUCUUUUGCCAAAAAUCGAUUUUAUUCAUCAACUCUAACUUCUAGAUUCCGUUCUGGUUGAAGAAUUUAUCUUUUGCCUCAAAAUAGGCUUCACUUUCAGCAAUUGCCUCUUCAUUUCUCAUCGGCGAACAUUUUUUGAGAUCAGCGAAUAGCUAGUAGUCACUAAAUCUGUACUAUAAGACACCUACUUUGUAAAAAGCGUUCUAAUGGUUAAAUGUUCAGGCAUUAUUGUAAACACACUGCCUUCUGACAUCUUUACGGCCUCAUCUAUCUCACGCAAAUACUUUUGAAGCCAUUGCUGAGCUUCUUCAGUAUUUUUUUUUUAUUAACAAGCAAUGAUAAAUUAACAUAAAUUAACAUUUGAAAAUAACAAAAUUAGCUUCACUUAAAUGGCUGUCACUUUUUUUUGAUUGAUAGAAAUGUCAUGAAAUUUGACACAUAGUCUUUUGAAAGUUGGUACUUCAUAAACGUCAUAAGAUUUUGACAAUGACAGCGCCAUAUGUGUGUCAAACACACGAGUUAUUCACUGAUGUUAUAGUAGAUUAGAAUAUAUUCAAUUUACGUGUGGUAUAAUAUUUAGUUAGAAGGAAAUUUUUGUGACGGAAAAAAUUAGUAAUAUUUGAAUGGCGAAAUUUUGUGUAACCAUUCCAAAUCGCUUAUUUCAAAGUAGCUAGAUACACAAUGGUAUUUAAAAAAAUGAAACAAUGUGCAAUUACACUAAAUUACUCAUUAUAUGCGAAAUUUUUGUAUGAUGCGUUUUUCCAAACAAGAUUUCAUUAAUACAUUUUUUGUUUUCGUUUUGUAAUAAUUUAAUUUUGAUUGUCAACGUGAUUUCUCGUGGUGUGCUUCUCAUAUCAUAAUAUUUAUUUGUAUAAGUGUUUUCGAUUACAUUUUAUUCACAUAAAAUGUUAAAACACGAAAUAAUUGAUUAAAUGUAUUCAAAACUAGCACUCGAUACAACGUCUUAUUCACAAUCACUCAUUUAGAAUCAAAACAGUUUCAUGAAAAAAUGUCGUUUUACCCUGGGGAAGCUCUGGAAUCUCCUUCUUUUCCUAAAAAAUCCGAACUAAAUGAACCCACCUCUAAUAUAAAAUACAUUCAAAUUCCAAACAACCUUACCCCAAAAGACAAAAAAGACAAUCGUACACAUCCAAAUAAUCCACUAUUACAGGCCAAUUACACCCUACUUAUCACUAUGCCCAAAAAGGACCUCACCAGAAUUAUCCCAAAAAGGACCUCACCAGAAUUAUCCCAAAAACUUCGAACCACCAAAAAAACGUCGAAACCAAAAAUUUAAAAUUACCAAAAACCACAAUUUACCCAACCAUCCGGAAUCUCCCUUGUACCCACCCUCCAAAAUCUCCAUAUACAACUCCCAGGGGAAGUUAUUCAAUCUUCUCAAUACUCUGGAGCCGUCGAGAGGAAAAAGAACCAUCCUCGCAGCACUAAUCCACGCAAAGACUUUUUAAAAUCUGUGCCUCCUUCUCUCACUCGUGAGUAAAAAUCGGACGAAUCCUAUUAUCGAACAGAGCAAACGUUUACUGCAACCUUUCCAACAACCUUCUACAAGCACUUUUAUUUUACGAACAGGCACUACCAAUACGAGUACUGAUUCAGGCCUAGCAAUAUGGACAUAAUCUCAACUCAGACCUGUCUAAAUAGUCUAGAUGAUUCGCGCGUAUGAAUCAUGCUAAAAAUACUUUUCUCGCCCCUCGGGUUUCUACUAGAUAAACAUUUUCCUAAAGACCCAAGUAAAAAUUUCCCUAUUUCGGCUGCUAGCUAUGACGUACAAAGGAUUCACUGAAAAUGAUCUGGUCCAUCUAGAUAAUUCUCCUAUCGUCAUCAGUGAAACGACACCCAGUAAAAUUUCUUAUCAAUUAGAAGUGAAAUAUGAUAAUACAUAUCAAGUAAAAUCUGUUUUUCGUUAUUCUACUAGUGGAUAAAACGGCACUUUAUACGGUUGUCAGGUGAUUGUGGAUAAACAAUAUAAUGGCAUUUAAGACGUAUUAUAUUAAGUUGAAGAAAACAUCAGAAAUAAAAAUUUUGAAAAAAUAAAUGAACACAUUGUACAGAUUCUGUUUAUAUUUUUAUUCGUUGUGUUUGAAAUUAUUUAUUUUUUUAAUUGAAGAACGGCCUUGAUUCUCACAGUUGUAUUCAACGAUAAUUGUGAUAUUAUUUUAAUUAUUUAUUAAAUUUCACUUUUAGCGCA